GACCAUAGUCGAGAAUAUAUAAGGAAAAAGUGAAUCUCUUGAGUGUUGAGUAAGCAGGCGGCAUGGCAUUCUCAGCGGUCUGGCGACUAGCGAAUCUUGGGCGACACUUGGAUUUGAGUGAAUCAGUGAACAAGGCUGCGCCAGUUGGGUCAAUCAAGUUGAAGGUAGCUUCAGAGGUUUCUGAAGCAUUAUCACUGGGUCGUGCUGUUGUUGCUCUUGAAUCUACCAUUAUUUCGCAUGGGAUGCCAUAUCCCCAAAAUUUGGAAACUGCAAAAGAGGUGGAACGUAUUGUAAGAGAGAACGGUGCAGUUCCUGCAACCAUUGCAAUUUUAGAUGGCACGCCUUGUGUAGGCCUAAGUGUAGAAGAACUUGAAAGGCUAGCUAUUUUGGGAACCAGAGCUCAGAAGACAGCUCGAAGGGACAUCGCACAUGUUGUAGCUUGCGGUGGAAAUGGUGCAACUACUGUUUCUGCAACAAUGCUUUUUGCUUCAAUGGUUCAUAUUCCCGUUUUUGUUACUGGGGGGAUUGGGGGAGUGCACAGACAUUCGGAACAGACUAUGGACAUAUCUUCUGAUCUCACUGAGCUAGGCAGAACACCAGUAACAGUUGUAUGUGCUGGUGUAAAAUCAAUAUUAGAUAUUCCCAGGACGCUUGAAUAUCUGGAAACACUAGGAGUUUGUGUAGCUGCUUACAAGACUAAUGAGUUUCCUGCAUUUUUCACGGAAUCAAGUGGCUGCAAGGUCUCAUGUCGGGUAGAUACCCCUGAAGACUGUGCUUCCUUAAUAGAAGCAAGCAUCAAACUCAAGCUUGGAACUGGAAUUUUGAUAGCAGUUCCUAUUCCUCAAGAACACUCAACUUCUGGACACAUAAUUGAAUCUGCCAUUCAGAAAGCCAUUAAAGAAGCUAGGGAAAAGAAUAUAACAGGAAAUGCUGAGACUCCUUUCUUGCUUGCUAGAGUAAAUGACCUGACUGGAGGUGCUUCACUUGCUGCAAACAUUGCUCUUGUGAAGAAUAAUGCUCUUGUUGGAGCUAAAGUUGCUGUAGCCCUUGCUCAAUUAAGAGAAAAUUGUCAAAGAUCUUAGAAGUUGGAAGAUGGCCUCCACAACCAGUCUGAUCCAACUACAAUUGGGAGCAGGAACCUAGAAACUUGAUCACUCUGCUAGUGCUUCACUUCUUGACGUUUUGUGUUGUAUUAUCCCCCCGGUUUUCCUUGUGAAGUGGAUUUUUUUUUUUGCUGUUGUUGUUCGUUAUGCAUUUCAAAAUUGCAGAAGUGGUUAGUGAACUUGACAAAACAUAUAUGUUGUGAGAGGGAUACUGCUGGACAGGAAAGAUUUAAAAUUCUAAUUCAAUCUUUCCAAGCUAAAUUAAGGACGCAUCUGUUGCUGUCAUUGUUUAUGAUAUUAUGAUCUUUCAUUGUUUA